GAUCUAAGUUUCUUUGACAGUACAUGUAACAAACAAAAACACAGUAAGCAAGGCAGUUUGAAGCUGGCCGAGCGCCAACUCUAAGAAAAGUUCUGUUGGAGAGUCUUUGUCUGAAAGCCUGUUUUGUUUGCCUAGUCAAUAAGCUUUAGUUUAGCCUUAGCCAUUGCGGUUAGGUCAAACUCAUGCCUCUCUCUCAACCAACUUAACCUUUUUCUAUUUAUUUUUUUCUUUUUUUAUGGUACUGAGAGUUCAUUUUCUGACUAUGAAAAGAUUAUCAUCUUCAAAAAGGGUAGUGAACAAUGUGGUUAAAGGGGAGAUAGAGUGGGAGCUUAGGCCUGGUGGCUUGCUUGUCCAAAAGAGGAACAUGGCGGAUGCUUCUUCUGGACCUAUGAUCAAGAUCAAAGUUUCUCAUGGUUCUUAUCACCGUGACAUCGCUGUGCCCGCUCAAUCCACUUUUGGGAAUUUGAAAAUGGUUCUUGCACAAGAAACCGGUUUGGAGCCUAAGGAGCAGAGGCUAUUGUUCCAAGGGAAAGAAAAGGAUGAUGAGGAAUGUUUGCAUAUGGUAGGAGUAAAAGAUAUGUCAAAGGUGUUGCUUUUAGAGGACCCAGCUAGCAAAGAGAGGAAGCUUGAGGAGAUGAAGAGAAAUCAAAGUGUACUAAAAGCCUGUGAAGAGGUUGCUAAGGUCAGAGCAGAGGUUGAUAAAGUCUCUGAGAAGGUUAUUGCUUUGGACGCAAUUAUUCGUGGAGGUACAAAGGUUGCAGAGAAGGAAUUCCUCGUCUUAACUGAGUUGCUUAUGGUGCAAUUGCUCCAAUUGGACACAAUUGAGGCUGAUGGAGAAGCCAAAGUCCAGAGGCGGAUUGAGGUUCGUCGUGUCCAAGGUCUUGUGGACACCCUAGACAAUUUGAAGGCUAGAAACUCUAAUCCUUUCAGCAGUAGUUGCAAUGCAGUGUCAGUGACUACGAAAUGGGAGGCAUUUGAGUCUGGAGUAGGAAGCCUGACCGCCCCAUUACCAUCCUCUACAAUAAUAACUCAAGAUUGGGAAGUAUUUGAUUAAGCAGAAGUUCAUAUCUAUCGGUCAGUAAAGGACAAAUGUGAAACAAAGCCCUUAUGCUGUUAUUUGCUAGUUUUGGUUGUGAAUAGCUGUUUUUUCAGUACAAAUAAAUGGAGAUUGAGCCAUGCUAGAUAAUGAAGAUGCAUCUCCUGCAUGCUCAGUUUGCUUCACUGUUGGCAUCUUUAAUCAACGCUAGGUGAAGCAGGAUACGGUUUGCAAAGCUCCCCAUUCCAGAAUCAGUGAAUUACGUUACCUGUUCUUUUCGUGAACUAAAGAAUUUGGCAAGCGACAUUUUUCAAUUGAAAUUCCCCUUCCAGGAAAUGCAUGAUUCCAUUACCACAGCGUUUAGGAGAUUAAAUGGAAGCUCAAUAACUUGGAGCGUACUCAAGAAACUCGUGCAGUGUUGUCCUCUAGGAGCUAGGAAGUACUAGUAUAACUUUCAAAUGCCGAAGAAACUACCGUCCAGAAAUUACAGCAGUAACCCUGAUUUGCAUUAUGGAGGUCAAAACCUCGAACCAUUUUAGUAAAGAAUCAGAAAAAGACAGCUAUAACAUAGCGCCUGUUCCACGCAUUGUCUUAAAUAUGUCCUUAUGAGUAAAUUGAGUAAUAUUUAGAAUUUGAUAUUGCAUUAGGAUUUAAAGGGUUAAUUCUAUAUAAAAUUAAAAGGUUCUUUUUUUUUUGGAAAAAAAAAAAGUGAAAUACCAUUAAUCAACUGAACCGAAAGCAGGCACGAACGGCAACAAUUACAAAAUCCUAAUGGAUGGAAUCAAUAGCAGUAGCAGUAAUGGGUAAUUUUUCUUGGUGCAUUGCAACUAGUUGUUGGAGAAUGGCGUUUAGAAAAAUAAAAAAGUGUUUUUGGACAAGUAAUUAUUCCUAGUGGAUAACAUGGCUUACAUUCACGGAUCUGAGGAUGUAAUUGGGCUCACAACAACUCAUGGACCUCUCAAGAGUGCAUACAAAUUAGGCUCGGCUCGAGAUAGGUAGCGGAUCCCCGUGGUUUACAUAUUAAUUCAUGCACAUUCAUGCCCAUCUUAGGGUGUUUUUUCUUUUUUUCCCAAAAAAGCAAAGAAUUUGUAUUUCUCCUCACACAUAUUAGAAACUUUUCCAUUUCUACAAAACUGCCAUUAGAACAAAGUGACAGUCUACACCUCAGGACUAAGGCUCAAACAAACUAACUAUAAUUAGGGGGCGCUGGUAACCCGUCUUUGUCAAGGAUGAAGGCCAGC